UUUUGGACUUGAGAACAGGCGAGGCAAAUUGGUCUCAAAAAAAAUACAGGCAUGUUCAUCAUUCUUGAAGCUUUAUUUGUGUUACUGAAAGUGACAUGGUUCAACUUAGUAGGAAUAUUUCGAUUUUUCGUACCGCCUGCCGAAAAAUCGUUGGAGGGUGAGAUAGUGCUGGUAACCGGUGCCGGCAGUGGUAUUGGUCGUCAGAUGGCCAUUAAUUUCGCCAAACAGGGCUGUAGGUUGGUGAUAUGGGAUAUGAACAAGCACGGUGGCGACGAAACAGCGGAACAGAUUACUAAUCUGGGGGCUACGGCACACAGUUACCGGUGCGAUGUGACAAAUAAAGACGAAGUUUACCGCCUUGCUGAACAAGUCAAAAAAGAUGUUGGUAGCGUAACCAUACUUGUCAAUAAUGCUGGGGUCGUGGCAGGCAAGAAUCUGUUGGAUUGUCCCGAUGAACUAAUUCUAAGGUCGAUGAAUGUUAAUGCGAUUUCCCACUUUUGGACGAUAAAAGCAUUUGCGCCCUCUAUGGUGGCCAAAAACCAUGGGCAUAUUGUUACGAUUGCAAGCCUGGCUGGUUCGUGUGGAACACCCAAAAUGGUUGAAUACUGUGCUAGUAAAUUUGCUGCCGUUGGCCUGCAUGAAGCACUGCAGUAUGAGUUCAUUAAAGAAGGAUAUGACGGAAUUAAAAUGACACUUGUACAACCUUAUCUGAUCAACACUGGACUGUUC